UGUACUUACCCUUCAUGUCUUGGAUUUUUGGAAACCUUUUUCAUGAUAAUUAUUUCGGUUAAAUUGAAUAGCUGGAGCUUUUAUCAUUGAAAUAUCCUGAAUAUAGAUACGUGAUGGUGCCCGUGUUACUAACGUCGUUACUACCAUUAUAACAACAACAGCUAAUUUACUAUCUAACAACAAUGGCGGACGACAUAGACAUCGAAGAGCAUGACGUGCUGGAGAGUCUGCGCCGGCGCCACGAGCAGCCCGACUCCUUCAUCGUCAAGUCUGAGCCUCUGGAGGUUGAGUAUGAAGAGUCAAAUUAUGAAGACCCCAACUACGAGAACCAGUGGACGUGGGACCAAGAUAAAGUGGAAAUUAAAAUAGAACCCCGGGAAGAUACAGAAAAUGCGGAGGAUUUCCGAUUCGGCAAAAUUAUACUCGGCAGCAAACCGGCCCAGCUACCUGAAGAUAACCAGGAAACUCCAGGCGGCAGCCAAGUAAGGGAAGUGGAAUAUAAUUACAAUAUGUCACUAGUUUUAGACGAUUGGGGACCUAUCCUGGACAGAAGCAAUUGCUAUUGCAAAACAUGUAAAACCCUUUUCGCUACAGUCAAUGCGUUGGACGCCCAUAAAAUGAUCGCCCAUUCUUUCCUUGUAGCCACCGAUAAACAGCCAAGUCCGGAGAGAAAUAAGGCAUACAAAAGCACAGCCAAGCCUAGUAUUGCAGUAAACGAUAGCACAUGUAAAAUAUGCCAUUUCCAAUUCAAAGGUACUGUCGGCAAAUCAAACUUAUUGAGACAUUACAGAAACAUCCACCGGGUUGAUCCAAAAACUAUCAACAUUAACAGUGACUUCAAAAGUUGGAGAGUCUGCAAUCAUUGCAAUAUGUAUUUCCCAGAUGAUACUUCUUUAGUAAAACAUUUGUAUGAACUACUGCCUUUAAAUGAUAAAACUCCAACUAAAGAUGAUAAGACUGUUGGACAGCCGGUGAAACCUAAACCGGUGUUAAACACUGUCAAAAAUAUUCCCAAAGCUGUAAAAUCUACAAGUAAGAAUUCUAAUGUUACACUUAACACUCCAAAUAAAGAGGUAGAGACCCCAGUACCGAACCGGAUUAUAUUAGGAUCUAAACCUAUAGCUAAAAGCGAAAACCAGAAGCAGCCUAAUAUGAUCAAGUUGACAGAUACAAAAGUUAGAUUCAAAUGUUUGUUAUGUAAUGAAAUUUUCACAACCGAGUAUGGAGUGAAGAAACACAGGAAAAAACAUCCAACGAGGGCGAAAAGGAAACGCAUUUUCGUGAAAUUAGUCAACAAAACAAACAAAGUGACAGUGAACCCUGAUUUAGUCAAGAAGGAACCCGGAAAAGUGAUAACGAAAGAUGUAAAAGUGUAUCCGUCAAAAGCUAUCGUUAAAAAGGAGGUUAUUGAUGAAGAUAAAGGUGUUUUCGUUUCCAAGUCAACGUUGUUUAAGUGCAAUAGAUGCUCCGUUCACUUUUUGACCUGCACCGGGGCUUGCCAACACUCCAUGGUGUGCGAGACAUCCUCAAACGUCCGGGACUGGGCCUGCCCGCUGUGCCAGCGGGUAUUCAAGAGUGCAGAAAAAACUGCACACAAGUAUCAACACAAAAUGCUAAACACCCACAACUUUAAAGUGUAUGUAGUGUAUUUGGAAAUGAUUGUUCGGAUACUUUGCCAGUGUCCGAAUUGCUUCGUCUGUUUUGAAGAAGACAAAUUCUGGAGACAUGUUAACGGUGGAUGCAAUGAUGCCGCUUCGUAUUAUUGCAAUGAAUGUAGAUUGCCAAUUGAUAUACACUCCAAAGCCAAUCACGACAGCAAACACAAGCAGGGAGACUUCACUAGAGACGACUUUAUCAAAAUAGAUUAUAUCUCUUCCAAGCCGGUAGGCGUUCCGAAGAUCAAAACUGAAGUUGUCGAAGACGUAAGUUCUGUGAAUAAGAUUGAGAGUGGAACACCGAGAAAAGGACUGAAACGUAAAUUGGAAUUGCCAGCGGUCCCACUAAAAAGAAGGAAGGGAAAUUUGGACGAUCUAAUUAUGUACUAUUGUCAGUUUUGUAAAGCAUAUUUGGGGAACAAGUCUGCUAUACAUGUGAGUGGAAGCUGUAUAGAAAGAUCAAAAGGAAAUAUCGGAUUUUGCAAAAUUUGUGGAUUAUAUUUAAGAAAAAAAUAUCACACGACCCAUAUGUCCUUGCACGUAAAAAUACCAAAUCUGUCAAUUGCCGACAUCACUUUUCUUAAGCUGUCCGACUCGAAGAAGAUGAAACCAGUGCAGGCGCUCCAUCCGUGCAAGACUUGCAAAGUGAACUUCUUGACUAAAGUGGCCAGGCGUGUUCACAAAUGCAAAGAAUCCGCCAGCAUUACCUGUCAGAUAUGUCAGAAGAAAAUACAUACAGAUCUGUUCGACACACAUUUGCGGAUACAUGACUACAUUAUCCCCCGUCAGGUUAAAAAUAUCAGUCAUAUGUUACAGGUGCCAAGUAAAUCUCAAAUUGACACAACACCACAAAAAUUGACCAAAAAAGGGACUAAAUCACCUCUAAACAAGUUGCCAGAUUUGCUCAUGAAGUACCAGUCGCUCACUGCUCUGUGGAACAUCCUGUACCUCUGCGCUAUUUGCGACACUUUUACAGACUCCUACGAUAAAGUCGUGGAGCACUGUCAAAACCACCUCACCAACAUGGAAAACUAUGGAGUGGUCAUACGGAAAUGCGAGAAAUGCGACAUGAAAUUCGAUAGCGAGUGUUACAAGCGGCAUUUAGAACUGCACGCCGAAAACAAGGUCAGCAAGAAAACCUUUCAGAUCUUGAAAUAUGAGCACUACAACCUGUUUUCCGACAAGUGGUUUGACUUUAUAGAUUUGCCGGAAGAACAGAAGUCACAGAUUGUCAGCCGGAGCAUAUACGGCGGGAAUAGAUGCGUUAAAAUGAAGCUGAUCCAACAAGGACCCCCGGAAUACACCCUGUAUAAAUGCGAGAAGUGUCAAAACUGUUUGAUCGCUGAUACUAUAGUGUACCACGUCAAACUUGCCAACUGCUGUAAGGCGAACAAGAUUCCUUGCUCCGUUUGCGAGAUGACGUUUGCUAUCAGACGCGAUUGCGAGGAACACGAAAGGAUCCAUGCGACAACUGGUCUCGGAGUACAAUCAUUUAGAAUCGUCUCUUUCAAUGACGCAAGUGACGUUGAAGCUAAUAAAACUAUCAUGUCAUAUGACACUGAAAACCACGGGAGUAAGAAUAAGAUAUCAUUCAUAGAUGACGAAAUUGCAUCUCCAGCUCCUAAAUUGAGUCAGAAAAGUGCCCCCCUUAAGUCGUUUGUGUUUUAUAAGUGCGCGGAAUGUCAGACGUCUGUUGCACAUAUGAGAAAUUUUCCGCAACACGCGUGCAAUAACUCACCCAAAAUACAGUGUGCCGAAUGUGGCAUAUUUCAUAGUGCAAAGUACUUUGCAGGCCAUAAAAUGCUUCAUAAAAAGUACACGUUUUCGAGAAAGAAUGUGAUCACAAAAACUGUCAAUAAAGAUGGUAAAGUAAUUAAUAUCAAAAAACAAACUCCAGAGAAGAAAGAAAAAUUUUUAGACAAUACGCAAAAGAAAAACGACAAUACAGAUCAAAGACCGCAACUGUAUAAAUGCUUCUGUGGUUUGCAUUUCACGUCCCUGAAAGCUAUCGAGAGGCAUUACAAAUCCAAAAAUUGCAACACCGUUAUACGGGAGAAGUGCAGCCAAUGCGAUUUGGUCUUCGACCCCAUCGAGGUCGUCAACCAUCUUUGCAAGCACCACGCCCAAAAUCUUGUUUUCAAUGCCAAAACAUUCAAUAUUAUCACGCCGAACAAAAAGACUUUGUACAAGUGCGGUUUGUGUCACGUUUUGUUCUACCACAAGACGGCAGCGUUCCCGCACAAGGCCAAAUGUACAGGGACAUACUGUGGGAAGAAAUGUGUCAAGUGCGGCCUGGCCUUCGACAGCACCAGCCUGGCGACCCACAUGGUCGACCACGACCGCAACGAUGAGCUCAGAACCGACUGCUACGUUAUAGUUAAAAUUCCUGAUGAGACAGUUCCUGAAAUCGAAAAGGGAUUACAUCCAAAUGUUCUUUACAAGUGUAAGUCGUGCGACAUACAUUUCUUAAGACGGACUAGUGCCCGAAAUCAUAUAACGAAGCGUACUGACUGCGGUUCCACAGUAGCGCAGACUUGCAAGAUAUGUAACCGUAAGUUCCCGGCUAAGUCCAUCUUGAGACAUGUCGCGUGGCAGCAUAAUAAACUGAAGAUCAAGGAAUUUAACGUUAGGGAACUCAUUUUUGGUGUUAACAGUAAAUCCCCUAAAGUCGUUGAAAAGGAGGAAAUAGUAAAACCCAAAGUAAAGAAAGAAGAAGUGGUGAUUCCGAAAGUUCCGGUGGCAGUUACAGUAUAUAGAUGCAUAAAGUGCAUGCUGCUUUUCACUGAUGAGAGUACCCUGCUGACGCACCUUGAAGACAGAUGCAGUAAGGAGCUUUCUGAAGAAUGUGAGGAAUGCAAUGUUAAAUUCGCUUCAAAAAAUAUCAGGGAGCAUAAUAGAGAACAUGGUCUGGGGGUGGCUUUGUCCAUGACUAUCGUAGAAGAUGUACAAGCACCACAAAUCCCUGACAAAGAACGAAAAUUAAGCCUAACUCCAUUCGAUCCAAAGGAACAUCCACUGUACAAAUGCACAGGCUGCAAUUUGCAUUACCUAAGCAAGAAAACGCUACUGUGCCAUGACUGCAAGUGCAAACCUACCGAGGGUUUCAAAUGUGAAGUAUGUGAUCUUAGCUUCACCAAAAAAAGUCUGUGUCGUCACAAGUCAGUCCACGAGAAACAUAAUUUCAAAAGAGAAGAUAUCGUCAUUUUAACUUUGUCUGACCUUGUUGAAAUACCUGAAAGUCCUGACAAUAUAACAGCAGAAAUCCAAGACGACGAUACUCCACCCAGUCCGAAGAUUCCGAAGAAACAUAUACUAGAUAGAUAUGAUAAUAAACUGUAUAAAUGCACAGUUUGCAAUUUGCAUUACUUAACCCAGGCCAGCCUGGAGAAACAUAAAGAAUGCAUUCCUAACGCGGAUUCGAAGUGCGAAAUAUGCGACAUUGCUUUCACCAGUUACAGUCUGAAACGUCACAAAUUAAUUCACGAGAAAUACAAUUUCAAAAAAGAAGAUUUUGUUGUUUUAACUCUGACUGAUUUAGACCCCAGUUGGAUUCGACACAAAGGACAGAUCCAAAAAGAAAUUAAGAAUGAUAUUUCUAAUCUAGAACCUAAAGAAGUACUAAAUUCUAGUUCUAAACUAGAACCUAAAGAAAUACUAGAUUCUAGUUCUAUACUAGAAUCUAAAGAAGUCGGGUCUACAGAAAAGAUCGAACCUAACAAAACUCAAAAAGAAGAACCGAAGAAAGACACAUACACUUCAAAUAUCACACACUCAUUAUACAAAUGUGCUGAAUGCAAUGUAUACUUUAAUAGACGAAUAACGUGCCACAAACAUAUUGUAAAACACACUCCGUUAGACCCCAAAGAAUACAUAGAGUGCAAACUGUGUGGCUUCCAAUUUACGUUAAUGGGUUUGCCGUCACACAUUAAGAAAAACCACGCAAAAUCGUUUAAUUUACAAGAAGUGCUAGUAGAAGAAUAUCAACCCAACGAUAUUAAAACGCACGAAACUUAUUACGCCAGCGAAAAAGAUCAGUCUACAUUAGUGAGCACGAGUGAGGAUGUAAAGAAUGAUUCUAAUUUAAGAAAAGAGAAUGAUUGUGAGGUUUCAAGCUGUAAUGAAAUAGCAGAUGUUGAUUCUUCAGAUAAAAGUAAACAAGAUAAUAUAGAUAUUAGAAGCCAAAGUCAAAGCAGCAAUGAUUUAGAUGAAAUUACUGAACCAAAUUCAAGUAAAGUUAAUGUAUCAGUCGAUUCAUCAGAUACAAUGAUGAAUACAGACCUAGCUGAUGACAGAACUAGUCGAGUUGGCAAUAAUUUAAAAGACAUUACUGAACCUAAUUCAAAUUGUAGUGGACGAGUCGAAUCUUCUGACAAUAAUAGCACACAAGUAAAUUUGGAUGCUGACGAUGAGACAAGAGUGAUUGGAAUUAGUAAUGAUUUAAACGAAACUACUGAAUCUAAGUUAAUUGAACACACAGUUGAUUCGUCAGAUAAAAAUAUUGUACUUGUUAAUACAGACGAUAACACAAAAGUAAACAAUCAAAUCAGUGACGAAAGUGAAAUUGCUGAACCCAUUUCAUGA